AUGUCGACAACAACCGCCGACAUGCAACCUGCCGCGGAUGACGCCGAGAAGGGCUCGGCCCAGCCAGUCCAGGCCGCGGAUUCUGUCUCCGGGUCUGUCACCUCCCUCCUCCGCCGGCUAAACGACCGCAUCGAAGGCCUCGCGGGAUUCGAGGCCCGCGGCAUCGCGCGCGUUGAGCCCGAGGAGAGGCAAGCGCCAUCACUGGCGGCGGAUCUGCAGAUUGCCAUCCUGUGGUUCAGCGCCAACAUCUCGGCCAACAACCUCACGACUGGCCUGUUCGGCCCGCUGGUGUUCCAGCUCGGCUUCGCCGACAGCGCCGUGUGCGCCGUGGUCGGCGGGCUGCUCGGCAGCGCCUCGACCGGCUACAUGGCCGUCUGGGGCCCCCAGAGCGGCCACCGCACCAUGGUCGUGCUGCGCUACCUCAUGGGGUACUGGCCUUCCAAGCUGCCGUGUCUACUCAACAUCGUCCUCAUGGUCGGCUACACCACGCUCAACCUCAUCAUCUCGGGUCAGAUCCUGUCGGCCGUCAGCGACGGCGCCAUGUCCAUUGUCGUUGGCAUUGUUGUCGUGGCCAUUGUCAACUGGGUUGUGGCCGUGUUUGGCAUGUACCUCUUUCACUACUACGAGAGAUACGCCUGGCUUCCACAGCUGCUCGUUCUGUCCGUGCUUAUCGGAUGCGCCGGUUCGCACUUCGAUGCAUCGCUGGAGUCGACGGGCGACGGUGCGACAUUGGCCGCCAACCGCCUCUCGUUUCUGUCCCUGUGCCUCUACGUGCCCAACUCUUGGGGCGCGGCUGCUUCCGACUACUACGUCUACUACCCCGAAAAGACAUCCAAGCUCAAGAUCUUUCUCUUGACCUUGGCAGGUCUCUGGGUCUCGUUCACUCUAGUCUACAUGAUCGGCAUCGGGCUCGCCUCUGGAAUCCCCACGAACCAGGCCUGGGCCGACGCCUACGCCGUCUCGGUCGGCGCACUCAUUGUCGAAGGCUUCCGAGGACUGUCCGGGUUUGGUGGCUUCUGCGGCGUGGUCGUGGCGCUGGGCGUCAUCGCCAACAGCAUUCCCGGGACGUACUCGGCGGCGCUGGGCUUCCAGGUCCUGGGACGCUACGGCAAGGCGGCGCCGCGGUGGCUCUGGUGCUGCGUCAUCGUCGUCGUCAUGCUCGUCUGCGCCCUUGCCGGCCGCGACCAUUUGAUGGUCGUGUUCCAAAACUUUCUCGCUCUCAUGGGGUACUGGGUCGAGUUUAUGGUGCUGAUUGUUCUUCUCGAGUCGCUGCUUUUCCGCCGCGGUGCAAAGACCUUUGACUGGACACGGUGCGAGGACAAGACCUAUUUGCCGAUCGGCCUGGCUGCCCUGGCCGCGUUUCUGCUCGGAUGGGUUGGGGCAAUUUUGGGCAUGUACCAAGUGUGGUUCACUGGCCCUCUUGCUCAGCUGGCUGGCUACAGCGACAUUGGCAUCUGGGUGGGCUGCGCCUUUACCCUUGUCUCAUACCCACCACUGCGUUGGCUGGAGUUGAAGAUGAUUGGAAGAUGA